CCCCCCCCGCGCCGCGGGCUCGGCAGCGGAGCAGCGCCCGAGCGGAGGCAGAAGUUAACUUCCACCUGCCCUGAAGUCGCCGCUGCGCCGGCAGCAGGAGGCGGAGGCGGAGGCGGAGGCAGGCGGGGCAGCCGAGGACCCGGCUCUGGCAGGCUCCGAGGGUCCGGCCGAGUGUAAUUCCCCCCUAAUCCCCGCCACGGCGGCGCUUCCCUGGCCGAGCCAUGUCUGCGGCUUCCCCGCCAUGCCGAGCCUAGCGGGGAGCGGGAGGACUGGCGGCCGGGAGGCGCACAAAAUGAAGACCCUGAUGCGCCACGGGCUGGCCGUCUGCCUGGCGCUCACCACCAUGUGCACCAGCUUGUUGCUCAUGUACGGCGGCAUCGGCAUCGGCGGCGGCCACCCGGAGCCGCGGCGGCGGCAGCAGCAGGUGGCGGCGGUGCCCAGCCGCCCGCCCGAACGCGGCCAGCGCCACCCGGCUCUGCCCGUCGGGGCCGGCCUCCUGGAGGGCUACAUCAGCGUCCUGGAGCACAAGCCGCUGAGGAUGCACUGCAGGAGCUGCGCGCUGGUCACCAGCUCGGGGCAGCUCCUGGGGAGCCGGCAGGGCCGCAGGAUCGACGAGAGCGAGUGCGUGAUCCGCAUGAACGACGCGCCCACGCGCGGCUACGGCAACGACGUGGGCAACAAAACCAGCCUGCGGGUCAUCGCGCACUCCAGCAUCCAGAGGAUCCUCCGCAACCGCAACGAACUCUUAAACAUGAGCCACGGCGCCGUGUUCAUCUUCUGGGGCCCCAGCAGCUACAUGAGGAGAGAUGGCAAAGGCCUGGUGUACAAUAACCUGCAGCUGAUGAACCAGAUACUGCCUCAGUUAAAGGUGUACAUGAUUUCUCGCCACAAGAUGCUUCAGUUUGAUGACCUUUUUAAACGGGAGACUGGAAAAGACAGGAAGAUAUCCAACACUUGGCUUAGCACGGGCUGGUUCACAAUGACUAUCGCAUUAGAGCUCUGUGACAGGAUAAAUGUUUAUGGCAUGGUGCCACCGGAUUUCUGCAGGGAUCCUAAUCAUCUUUCAGUACCUUAUCACUACUACGAGCCUCUGGGGCCAGACGAGUGCACAAUGUACAUUUCCCACGAGCGGGGCCGCAAGGGCAGCCACCACCGCUUCCUCACUGAGAAGCGCGUCUUCGAGAACUGGGCUCGGACAUUCGACAUCCGCUUCUUCCAGCCCGACUGGGAGCCACAGCCGCUGCCUGGAGCCCAGCCCGAGGCCAGCCCGCUGGCCUGAGCACGGACACACAGACACACAGACCCAGCCCGCUGGCCUGAGCACGGACACACGGACACACAGAGCCAGCCCGCUGGCCUGAGCAUGGACACACAGAGCCAGCCACGGCACCUCCCACAGGAGCCUCUGGGCUUUGGGCCCAAGGGCAGCCUGGAGGAGCAGGGUCCCAGGGUGUGCAGCUGGCACGGGCAGGAGCAGCAGGCAGGAAUGGCAUGGAGGAGCAGCACACACCCCCAGUACUUGCUGUUAAACUGUAUGAACCCAGUCUGUCACCUUUUGGGGCCAUCUGACGUCCUCUGUGUCUGUGAUUCAUGAAACACAAUCUGAGUGUCAUUAAGGGACCUUUAACUCAUUAUGGCUUUUUUAAGUGCGAUGCCACUGAAUUUUCAUAGUGAAAACUUUCCGUAUUUAUUUAAUGGAUGUUUUUAUGCAACCUAGGCCAGUAUUUUUCUAAUUCACAGUUAUGUAGUUAUCUUUCAUAAUCUUUUAAAUCCAAAAUUAAUAUUGCUGAUGGUUUGAAAGGCCUAGCUUUUUAUUUAUAAAACUUGUUUGAAAUAUAUAAUUCUAUAUGGCAUGUAAUUAAUAUUUGAUCAAGAAAUGUUGGAUUUCUUCUAAGAAUUUUGGGCUCUGUUCCAGCCUAAAGCCUUUAACAGCAAGAGUGGUCCCAUGCGCAGAUCCAGCUCACUUUACAUUCUAACAUCUUAUGUUAAUAGGAAAAUGGUAGUGAAAAUUCUGUUUGAUAUUAAUGUGCAUUUGCUGCUGUGCUAUUGAGCUGCUGUUUUUUAAAUAGGGGUGGGAGGAAGGAGGGCAAACAAAAUUUAUCCACAAAAAGCCAAACCCCCCACUGGCCAUGGCAGCAGCUUCUCAGUGAAGACAAGCUAAGGCUGGAUGGGUUGUGUUCUGUUUUGCCUCUUGUACUCCUGCAAGAGGCUGCCAGCAACCCCCCUGAGGCAACUGACUACGAAGCAGGCCACAGCUGCUCAGCACAAUGUGACCAAAUUUCUGGAAUGAAGAAGGUAAACUACCAGUACUACAAUACCAGUCAUGGUAGUCAUGGAUCACAGCACUGCACCUGCAAAAAUCUCUGCUUUCUACUGUCCCAAGAUCAUCACUGAUCUCGGAGAUUCUGGAUCACACUGAGGCUGGGAUGUGAAAAGUGUUCCAUGAGUACAAAAUUGUCCUCCUGAGAGGAGCAAAGUUAAACUUUGCUUUUUUUUCCAUGAAGUCCCUGUAUGUGGUGAGUCCCUGCAAGACAAAGGGGAAGGACAAUGCUCAUGCUGUGUAUGGAACCUCACAGGGGGAAUUACUGGGUUACAUGUGGCUUGUGAAUAAAGAAGAUUUCAGUUACAGUAUUACUUUUCCUUUUGCUUCACAAAUAUCAAAUCUCAAAUUUUUUUAAGUAAUCAGUAACUAUUGCAUGAAACAUAUCUCAGGUGAUGAAAAGUGUCUCUCAUUAGGCAAGUGCAAAAGCUAGAACAAAGAUACUACCUUUAAACACCUAAAUCCAAGAAGCUGAACCUCAGAGGUGAGACACAGAACUGGACCAAACACUCAUUUAAACCCCCUUAUAACCCAUGGUCUUCCUCCUUCCAAAACUGGAUAGCAAUAGCUGCAGCUGCCCCACAGAUACAGCUGUCUGGGGAUAAAGUGAACUGUCCUGGCAGGGGCCAACUGGUGUCACCUCUGUAACACUGCCUGAACCUGAAGUGCAAGUCUCCAAGAGCCACUGUCCUGCUGCAGCCCUGCCCACUAUCAAAAAGUAAGAAUCUAUAAUGUAUUUUGCCUUAAAAGCUUUAUUUUGGUGUUCUUCCUGGUACACACCACUGAGCUUACAAACUGAAUGCCAAGUGCAUGUUACCUUUCUCUUGACAGCUGGUGUUUACCUCUCCUUCUUUCACUGAUGAUGUUUUAUUUCUUCCACUUGAUUUCACUGCAUUCUAUAAAAAACAGAAUGGGUUUUGAACUAAUGGCAGUUUGAACAUUCCUUUCAACAUGUGUACUGGGUGUGUAUGCAGCAUAUAUUGCCCCAAUUGAUGAAACCUGUCAAACUGAUUUACAGAUCGUUUCUAAUGUGACUGCAAGACAUGGUACAGAUCACAGUAGGUCCUCUGAUGCUUCUGUCCCUGUUUUAUUACUGAUACAAUAAUAAAAAGAUCUUUUCAUUUUAAA